CCCGCCCCCUCUGCGCCCGCGCCGCUCCCGCGCCGCCCCCCCCGGCAGUGCGGUGCUGCGCCGCGAACAUGGCGUCGGAGGGGAUGAUCCUGACGAACCACGACCACCAGAUCCGCGUCGGCGUCCUCACAGUGAGUGACAGUUGCUUCAGGAACCUUGCCGAGGAUCGUAGUGGGAUAAACCUUAAAGAUCUGGUCCAAGACCCUUCUUUGUUGGGUGGGACUAUAUCAGCAUACAAGAUAGUGCCAGAUGAAAUAGAAGAAAUUAAGGAGACGCUGAUAGAUUGGUGUGAUGAAAAGGAACUUAAUUUGAUUUUAACAACUGGAGGAACAGGUUUUGCACCACGAGAUGUCACUCCAGAGGCCACUAAAGAAGUAAUAGAGCGAGAAGCCCCGGGGAUGGCCCUGGCAAUGCUGAUGGGAUCACUAAAUGUUACACCUCUGGGCAUGCUCUCUAGGCCUGUGUGUGGAAUCAGAGGGAAAACUCUCAUAAUUAAUCUUCCAGGUAGCAAGAAAGGGUCACAGGAAUGCUUUCAGUUUAUACUGCCAGCCCUACCUCACGCCAUUGAUCUUUUGCGGGAUGCCAUUGUAAAAGUAAAGGAGGUACACGAUGAGCUUGAAGAUCUACCUUCACCACCACCUCCUCUUUCUCCUCCUCCAACCACCAGCCCUCACAAACAGACAGAAGACAAAGGAGUGCAGUGUGAGGAAGAGGAGGAGGAGAAGAAGGAUAGCGGAGUUGCCUCAACAGAGGACAGUUCUUCUUCACAUAUAACAGCAGCAGCCAUUGCAGCUAAGAAGCAUCCAUCCUAUUCCAGUCCAGCUGUUAUCAUGGCUAAAGGUCAACAGCCCAUCCCUGGUCUCAUCAGUUAUUGCCAUCAUGCAGCAGGGAGUGCAGGAGAACUGAUUCCAGAUUCCAUCAUCUCUCGUGGUGUUCAGGUUCUCCCACGUGAUACAGCCUCCCUCAGUACUACUCCUUCAGAAUCUCCUCGUGCCCAAGCCACCUCUCGCCUCUCCACUGCAUCCUGCCCAACACCAAAACAAAUUAGACGGCCGGAUGAAAGCAAAGGAGUUGCUAGUAGAGUUGGAUCCCUCAAAGUCCAGUCUAGGUGCAGCAGCAAGGAGAACAUCCUCAGAGCAAGUCACAGCGCUGUUGACAUUACCAAGGUAGCAAGAAGACAUCGCAUGUCUCCAUUCCCAUUGACAUCUAUGGACAAGGCCUUCAUCACAGUUCUGGAGAUGACCCCAGUGCUUGGAACAGAAAUCAUCAAUUACAGAGAUGGAAUGGGGCGAGUCCUUGCUCAAGAUGUAUAUGCAAAAGAUAAUCUACCACCAUUUCCAGCAUCAGUAAAAGAUGGUUAUGCUGUCAGAGCUGCUGAUGGCCCAGGAGAUCGAUUCAUUAUAGGGGAAUCCCAGGCUGGUGAGCAGCCAACUCAGACUGUGAUGCCUGGUCAGGUAAUGCGUGUUACAACUGGUGCUCCAAUUCCGUGUGGUGCUGAUGCAGUGGUGCAAGUGGAAGAUACAGAGCUCAUCAGGGAAUCAGAUGAUGGCACUGAAGAACUAGAAGUUCGAAUCCUGGUGCAAGCUCGACCAGGCCAAGAUAUCAGACCCAUAGGACAUGACAUUAAAAGAGGUGAAUGUGUGCUGGCUAAAGGAACCCACAUGGGCCCAUCUGAGAUUGGUCUCUUAGCAACUGUUGGAGUAACUGAAGUAGAAGUUAACAAGUUUCCAGUGGUUGCAGUAAUGUCAACAGGGAAUGAGCUGCUGAAUCCUGAGGAUGACCUCUUGCCAGGAAAGAUUCGGGACAGUAACCGUUCAACUCUCCUAGCUACAAUCCAAGAACAUGGCUAUCCAACAAUCAACUUGGGAAUUGUGGGUGAUAAGAAGCCAGAUGUUUUUAAAGAAGAAGGGACACAGAGCUUCCAGAACACUGCGGAGACAGGCCUACCAGAUUGCCCAGAUGAUUUACUGAAUGCACUGAAUGAGGGUAUCAGCCGUGCUGAUGUGAUCAUUACAUCAGGAGGUGUAUCCAUGGGGGAAAAGGACUAUCUUAAACAGGUGCUGGAUAUUGAUCUUCACGCACAGAUUCACUUUGGCAGAGUUUUUAUGAAACCUGGCCUGCCAACAACUUUUGCAACUCUGGAUAUUGAUGGCGUAAGAAAAAUAAUCUUUGCGCUCCCAGGCAAUCCUGUGUCAGCUGUCGUCACCUGCAAUCUCUUUGUUGUUCCUGCACUGAGGAAAAUGCAGGGUAUCUUGGAUCCUCGGCCCACCAUCAUCAAAGCCAGGUUAUCAUGUGAUGUAAAAUUGGACCCCCGCCCAGAGUAUCAUCGGUGCAUCCUGACUUGGCAUCACCAAGAACCACUACCUUGGGCACAGAGUACAGGGAAUCAGAUGAGCAGUCGUCUGAUGAGUAUGCGCAGUGCCAAUGGACUGUUGAUGCUACCUCCAAAGACAGAGCAGUAUGUGGAGCUUCACAAGGGGGAGGUGGUAGAUGUCAUGGUCAUUGGAAGGCUAUGAUGUCACCAGCAAGAGCGAAGCUUUGAUGCAUGUCCACAUAUCAUUGACUGUAUCCUGUAAUAUGCAACGGCACAGCUAGUUUUUCCGAUUUGGAUAAAAGUUGAUCAGUAUAGUCAACAUCUUGAAAUAUAUUUCAAAUGGAAUUUAAAUAAAUACCUUUUAAAAAAAACUUUAAAACAAAUCUUAACAAAGAAAUUUAUUCUGAUUAUAUCAAAGCAACUUUUUCCUUUUCUUGCAAUUGCUUUGUGUGUUCAAUGCUAGUUCUAAUAGCGGUAGCUUUUAGUAGACAGCAGUAGGUGCCUGCAGAACUUGUGUUUUUUCUCAUCUUUAAGAUACAACUACUUACGCUCUUAAAACAAGGCUGUCUGCUUAUUUAUACUAGCGUAGACAACACUUGGAUUUCCCUUAUUAGUAUGCUUCAUAACCGCUUCACAGAGAGCUUCUGCUUGUUCUUUAUCUUGUAUCUCGUGUUGAUGUGCACAGUGCCAAAAGCGGAGUGGCUGCACUGGGAACCCAAUGAAGCCCCGAGGUUUCCGCACCUCGCCGCGCAUUCAGGGAUGUCUCUUGUCCUGGCAGCCACCCAGCUCAGUACUCUUGGGCAGUAACUGGAUACCUUUUAUUUCAACAAACAAAAAAAUUGCUUCCUUAAGUGCUGACAGCCUUUUUAACCAAUACAUUUAAAAAUGUACAGAACUAAAAACUAAAAAAAAAUCAAAGACUGAUCUUGUACAGAUAUUAGUGUUACCAGCAUUCGUGUGGAAAUUAAAUGAGCAAAGAAAUAAAACUAAUGUUAAACAACUCUGUACCAUAACAUUUUCUGUAAUGAUAUUGAAACUUAAAUGAAUAAAAAAAAUCCUCAAUCAUUAUUUAAAA